CGCAAACCGGCGAGUACACACAGUCGUCAUGAAGUUCUUAGUGUUUGCGAUUGUUGUGCUGAGUGCAGCUUCCACUCCGAAAGCAGAGACAUCAACUAUAUCCACAUUGGAAGAUGUUGGAAAAAUUGCCAACGGUGAAACGUUUGCAUUGGAGUGUCUAAUCGAGAGUGGAAUUAAGCUGGAUUCGCUUGCGUCGUUGGCUACUAGCAGCGAUUUGGAUACGCCAAACAGCCAAUUGAAGUGCCUGUUGAAGUGUUUCUUCGAGAAAACGGGCUUCAUGGAUAAGGAAGGGAAGCUGCAGGAGGACGUUAUCACCGAACAGCUGUCCCUGUUCACGACGAAAGACCGCAUCGAUGCGUUGGUGAAAAACUGUAACUUCCAAGAGCCGGACGCUUGCGAAACGGCCUACAAGGUGACCGAAUGUUACUUCCAGAACAAGGCGGGUCUUUUCUAAGGAACGGAAGCUGGAAACCCUCAGCCGGAAGCGCACAGUUCAUUAGUGCAGUGCAAUUUCCACGUAACAAUUAUGGGUAAUUUCCC